UGCCGCAGGAUGUUUCAGCGAGCGCUGAGCGGCGUCUCUGAUUGGCUGAGGCUGACAGAAGAGGCGUGUCCUAGUACCGCAGCACUAUGUGGUUGUUUCAGCGAGCGCUGUUGAUCGGGGCGCUGGGAAGCAAGAGCUUCGCUAGAGCCAUGUGUGCCCAGGCCAACGACUGGCAGUCGGCCAAAUCCAUAUACGAAUUCUCAGCCAAAGACAUCGAUGGAAAUGAAGUGUCUCUGGAGAAAUACAGGGGUUAUGUGUGCAUCAUCACUAACGUAGCCUCUAAAUGAGGGAAGACUCCUGUAAACUACACUCAGUUUGCGGCGAUGCACGCCACGUACACUGAGAAAGGUUUACGCAUCCUGGGCUUCCCCUGCAACCAGUUUGGAAAGCAGGAGCCUGGGACAGAGGCGGAGAUCAAGGAGUUUGCCGAAGGCUACAAGGCAGAGUUUGACCUCUUCAGUAAGAUCGAGGUGAACGGAGACGGAGCUCAUCCGCUCUGGAAAUGGAUGAAGGAGCAGCCCAAAGGCAGAGGAACUCUGGGAAACAACAUCAAGUGGAAUUUCACUAAGUUCCUCAUCGACAAAGAAGGUCAGGUUGUGAAGAGGUAUGGACCAAUGGACGAUCCAAGCGUUGUUGAAAAGGAUCUUCCCAAGUACCUGUAGCCUUUGGGAUCGAACCCGAUCUCCCUCCGUCCCAUGUGUGUGUAGAAAUGCGUCUCCUCUGUACUCGAUGGCUGGAUGUUUGCAGGGUGAAGCCCAGAUCAGUGACGGCCGUUCCUCAAGCCUGUGUUCAGGUGGGGAUGGCCUGAUGUCCUCCGGCGUGCAUAUUCUCUGGGAAAGCCCUGCGAUGUCCAGCCGUGCGAGCAGAGAGGAGCUGAACCGCUCUGAAAUCACUGGUGUAUCUGUAGAAGCUAUUCUCAUCAACAGCUGUGAUCAUUAAACAGUAGAUCAAACUUC